AUGACUGGUGGAGACUUGCGGUUCCACAUUUCGAGAAAGACCUUCACCGAAGAGGCUGUUAGAUUUUGGAUCGCCGAGCUUGGAUGCGCCUUGCGAUAUGUACACGCCCAGAACAUCAUUCACCGCGAUAUCAAACCCGACAAUGUGUUACUUGAUGCCGAUGGCCACGUCCAUUUGACAGACUUUAACGUUGCUUCUGAUGUCAUUCCCGGAAGGACGCUUACAAGCAAGUCUGGCACACUUGCUUAUCUCGCCCCCGAAGUCUAUGCCGGUAAAGGAUAUGACGUCCGGGCAGAUUGGUGGUCUUUGGGUGUCUUAUUCUACGAAUGCAUCUAUAACAAGCGACCAUUUGAAGGUGGCUCAGAAGGAUCUCUUAGUCAACAGAUCCAGGCUGCUUCACCCAAAUAUCCCGUAACACAGCCGCCCGUUUCCCUCUCCUGCCUCUACGCAAUCGGCUCCGCCCUUGAUCCAAACCGUGAAAGUCGAAUGGGAUCGACGUGGGAAAGUUUCAUUUACAAUGAAUUCUUCAAGUGCCUCGACUUCGAGCUCCUUGAGCUAAAGCGGAUUGAACCGAUCUUCGUACCCUCAUCGGAAAAGACCAACUUCGAUGCCACAUACGACCUUGAAGAGCUACUGUUGGAAGAGGCUCCACUUGAAGCUCGCGCAAGACGCCAGAAACCGCGAGAGCGCCUAAAGGAUGAUGCAACUGAGAAGGAGAUUCGAGAAGAUGAGCUAUACCGUAUGAUCGAGUCGGAUUUCAAGCCUUUCGACUAUACAGUGGCCGCCUAUAAACGAAUUACCGAGGGCGCCGGUUCCACUGAGGAAGGCUCACCAGCUACAGACAAUGCCCCUCAGGCCAUCACAACCGACGAAGCGACACCCGUACCCGCAGUCAACGGAGUUUACCAGUCGUCGCCUCUCAACCCAAGCACCAGCAACGAAAGCCGCACAGGACGCCCAGUACGCCCAGCUCCACCACCUCCACUACAGAACAAUUUCCAAACUCGCCAUGUUCCAAUUGUUGCUGGUCAGCGAAUGACGAGUCCCACAGGAGGUGUGCAAGUGACUCUAGAUGGCAGUGGUAGUUGGUCUGAGCUGGCUCGUCAGGAUGCAACCUUGCCCACGGACGCUAACAAUAUUGGCGAUGGUAAGAGCGAAGGCUCUGGUGGCAUGUUUGGAUUCCUUAAGGGCAAGAAGGGCCGCACAAAUAGUCCCAAGCCAAAGGAGAGAGGUGUACUAGGCAAGGAAGGCGCAAGAGUUGUCAUCGGUUAGAAGAGGAUUGAUGCUCGCAACACGCCGUUUUCGUGCCAGAUUCGAAGAACCGGCAUUCAGCCGGUUUUGUGCACGCCGACACAACGUACUGGAAGGCUCGGAUAUUCUCACAAUGUGCACCCAAGGGGCGAGUGCUCGACGCUCUCUACGGUGCCUAUUUGCUUUUUACGACAUGAGCCGAUGCCUCGACAGCUGGGGGUUAGCGACGCAUUGUAUUUCAGGUCGGUCGAUAUCGAAUGCGGUAUGGCGACAGCAGCAGUACAAGGACGAUGAGAUACGGCCUCACUACUUCAUUCGUUAUGGCGUUCGGUCAUGGUUUACGGCUAGACGCCUUGCUGCCCCCGGUUAUAGAGGGGUAUCGCAUCUUGAGGAACGACUGCUAAUUUGUAACAACGUGGUACAAAACCAAACAAACAACCAACAUGGGAGGGAUUUUGCAUCUGCAGGUAUACUUCAUUCACUUGAAUCUGCAGCAUCUGGGUGAUGCUUGAAUUGCGAAGGCGUUUUUCUCUUAGUAGGGGCAGACAUUGAUGGGAUAUAGUCAUAUCUUAUACAUUAUUCAUACUAUCGACAUCUUCGCAGAUGUCUUAUCAGGAGAAUGGAAGAGGUGGACGGAUCAUACGACUCGCGUGUAUGAAGAGGCGGCCGGAAGAGGGCACAUAUAGGAGAUGCUCAGUAUUUAUGGUUUGCUUGUUUGUUAUUGUGAGCAUAUUUGGAAUAAUACCCCAUUACACCUUGG